UUCACGUGUCAUUUUUACGAACAGUACCUCCAUAUUCUCAUCAAGCUGAUGUAUGGGUAGAGUUAUUAAAGUAUUUUAAUUACUUAAAAGUUAUUUUUAUUCAUAGCUCCGAUACUGAUGGAAGGUCUUUACUUGGGCGAUUUCAAACAGCAUCACAAAUCUUUGAAAGUGACAUGGACUUGAAAAUUCAGGUCGAAUACAUCAUUGAAUUUGAGCCAGGCUUAAAAAAUUUUAGAAAUCACUUGCUUGAACUGAAAAAUGCUCAAUCGCGAGUGUACUUACUAUACGCAUCAACGGAAGACGCUAAGGUUAUUUUUGACAACGCAGCUGAACUAAAUAUGACAAGUGCAGGAUACGUAUGGCUUGUUUCAGAACAAGCACUUAAAUCUGCAAACGUUCCAAGUGGUACAUUGGGACUUGAGUUAAUAAAUGUAACAAAUGAGGAAAGCCAUAUAAAGGACAGUUUGUACGUUUUAGUAUCAGCACUGCGAGAGAUGAACGAGACUGAAACAAUAUCUGAAGCACCUCAAGAUUGUGAUAAUUCGGGGUCAGUUUGGGAAACAGGAAAAAAAUUAUUCCAGUAUGUGCGACAGCAAGUUCUUGAGAGUGGAGCAACGGGUCGUGUUGCUUUUGAUGACAAUGGGGAUCGUAUAUUCUCAGAAUAUGAUAUUAUUAACAUCCAAUUGAGCAGGAUGCCAAAAUCCGUUGGGCGAUAUUAUUAUUCAUUAGAAAUGAACAAAAUGAAGCUUACUAUAAAUGAUUCAAUAAUAACUUGGCCUGGCAAAGUUAAAACAAAACCCGAAGGUUUCCUUAUACCAACUCAUCUCAAAGUUCUUACAAUUGAAGAAAAACCUAAUUACAACGUUUUGAAGCUACAAAGUAAAAAAAAAAUGGGUUUAUACACGGAUUAUGUUAUAGAGAUUGAAGGUUUUCUCGACGCUUCUCAACAGUUUUUACCCAAAGAAGUGGCUGUUGUGCCUCUUAAGACACUGGCGAUCAGUCAUUGA